GAGGUCGUGGUGAAGAUGUCUGGGAGAUGCAGAGCGGCUGUCUCAUCCGAUCCAUCCACCCACUGAAAUGAAGUGAGUCAACAUGGCCGCGGCACGGCUUGUCCUGUAGCAUCCAUCAGCAGAGAGAAACGCUCAGCACUCGGCAAAUAAAACAACACCCGGAUCACACAAAAGACACAAAGCUGCCUGAUGGCGUUCAUGUCUCGGUUCUCCCGGUCCCGGAGCAGCUCAAGGUCUCCCAGUAGAAAAGACUCAGAGCGCGUCUCGCCAAAUUUAACAGUUUCAGAGCUGGAGAGGCUCCUCUACACCGGGAAAACUGCCUGUAACCAUGCAGAUGAAGUGUGGCCAAGACUCUACAUUGGAGAUCAAGACAUAGCAUCGGACAGGCGUGAGCUGGCCAAACUUGGUAUAACCCACAUCCUGAACUGUGCCCAGAGUAAAUGGCGUGGUGGGGCGGAGUAUUAUGCUGGGAUGAACAUCACUUAUCAGGGCAUCGAGGCUCAUGACUCGCCCACCUUCGACAUGAGUGUCAACUUCUAUCCUGCUGCUGAGUUCAUCCACAAGGCCCUCAGCAGUGGGGGUAAGGUGCUGGUCCACUGCACUGUGGGAGUCAGCCGCUCAGCCACGCUGGUGCUGGCCUACCUGAUGAUCAGACAGAACCUGACGCUGGUGGAAGCUAUCAAGACGGUGAAGGAUCACAGAGGCGUCAUCCCCAACCGUGGCUUCCUACGCCAGCUCAACGGCCUGGACGGCAUCCUCAGAGAAAGCCGUAAGACUUCACCAUAG